UCUCUGUGUGGUACUUACUAAACAAGCUCAUCGUUUGAAACCAUUCAUUCAUCUCCGCUCACUGCAGCUGCUGUCAUGGCAACCAUGUAUGACUGGCAGAAAACAGACCGCCGUCGUUGAGCCCCAGUCGACCUGGAGGUUUUAGAGCAUGAACACACUGGGCAGAUGAGGAGUUGUGAUAUUGAGACCCCAGGGGCAGCUACCGACUGUAGGGACUAAGAUGCAGCAUCUGGCACAUCCAUCCCCAUUUCCCACUGGAAACCAAUUUCUUCAGCAGAAAUUUGACAAGGCUUCAUAUGAUUUGCACAAGCGGAAGAUUUUUGUUUUGUUAUAUUGUUCCCAAGGUAAAGUCUGCUGUAUCAACAAUAAACACAACUCCACCAAAGACUUAUGGUCACCUGGACCUGAAGCUGAAGAAACAGAAGCUUGAAGAGGAAAGGACACUGAGGAUUCAGCAGGAAAACAAUAUGCUCAUGGAAAAAAUAUCACACAUCAUGAGGACGACUGGAGGAGUCGACAACAGAAAUAACUACGACAAGAAAAGCCUUGGCAAAGAGAAGCGACAGCUGGAGUCGCUCCGUAUCACCGAGGAGAAUCAAAUGAUCCUGUUCCGCCUGAGCCAGUGCAGGCCUCACUAUAAUGUUAGGAGCUGGCAUGAUGACUGGCUCAAAACACUCAAGUUGAUGGACAGCAUCGCACAUUACCCAAGAGGAAGAGCAAAAAUGCAAAAGGGGCAAGGCAAACCCGACAAGGGGAGCAGUUGCUGGGAUAAAGGACAAAAGAUAAACACAGAUGCAACCACACACAGCCCUGCAAGCAAUAACACAAAUGCCACAACAACAUCGGGGGGAAAUGAAAAAGGAACCAGCGAGACACAAGAUACAGGAACUGAGAAUCAGCAGGACACAGAUAUACACCCUGACCAUGAAAGUCCCAGAUGUUCUGAGGCAAUUUGAAAUUACAAGAGAUAAACAACCACACUGUGUUGAAAAGCCCGUGGCUCCAGGUGGAUCUGAAAUGUCCCACACACCUGAAACAGAGGAAGGAUGAAAUACCAUGAACUGAAGUUAUAUUGUUGUGUACAGUAAAAACAUCCCACUUUAAAAAAUGUGGACACAUUCUAUUUUAACUACAGAACUAUAUGGCAGUUAUGAUCUUUACCUCUGCCAAGAAGAUUGUGUUUUCAUCCUUGUUGGUUUGUUUGUUGGUUGUUUUGUAUUUUUGUUUCUUUGUUUUGGCAGGAUUAUGCAAAAA